AGACACCAAGUUAAUUAGUACAACGUUAAUUAAAAGGGAAUAUAUUAGAUGAAUUUUUCAAAAAGCCCUAAAUAAAGAAAUUUUAGAAUUUAGCAGACUAUUCAAUAUAUACAUAGAGUGACGUUUUAAUAGACGAACCAUUAUUCGAACCCAUUCCUCCUUUAAUAUAAUUUAUUGAUUAUGAACCUUUACAAAUGAAAGAAAAAAUAUUUAAACUACGAAAUAAAGAUAAGGUAGCAAGAAGGGUUAAAAUAAUAUAACCUGAUUCUCGUUUAUUUUAAGUUAUUCCUGCUCUUUCAAAUUAAUCAUUAGGCUAAAGUUAAAUUUCAAAUUAAAAAUAAACAGAAACAGAAAAAAAAUAUAUUGGAAAUAAAAUUGCUCCUGGUAUGGAAGCUAGCUUCAUAAUAAAAUUUUCUCCUGAAGCUAAAAUUGACUAUCAUUAUGACCUUAUUGUUGUUACUGAAAGAGAAGAAUUUAUAAUUCCUAUUUAUGCUAUUGGAAAAAGAGCGAUGAUAGAAUUUCCAGAUAUACUUGAUUUCGGAUAAUGCCCUGUAAAAUACUUAACUGAAAAGCCAAUAAUAAUCAGAAAUGUAGGUGAAAAAGCAACGAAAUGGUCUUUGACAUUACCUUCUGAAUUUGAAGUGGAUAAAAAAGAAGGAGUAUUAGAAUAUGAGAAAAAUGAAUAAAUAGUUUUAAAAUUUUUUCCAAAAGAAACAUAGCUUUAUAAAAAUAAAGGUAUUUUAGAAUAUGAUAAUUUGAAGGCUUUUUUUAGUUUAAAAGCAGAUGUUUAAAACCAUUUAGUAUAUUUUUCUACAAAUUCAAUUUCUUUAGAAGAAUCUUACAUAGGAUUAAGAAGCUAAGGAACUGUUAAGAUUUUUAAUAAAUCACCAGUAAAAAUAGAUUUUGAAUGGAGAACUUUUUAAUCAGAAAAUGAAGAAAUGGAAAAAAAAGGAAGGUUAAGAUUAUAAUUAGAAGAAGAAGAAGCUGAAGAAAAAAUGCUCUUAAAAGAAAUUGUAAACAAUGAAAAAAUUCAAGAUGAAGAAAUGGAAUUUAUGGAUAAUGAAGGCGAUUCAGAGGAUGAUCAAGAAGAUGAAAAAACUAUUAUUGAAAAAAUUCAAAAAAAAGCAAAUUUAAUGUUAACUAGGAAAUAUAAAGAUAUACAUAAGGCAAUUGAUGAUGAUCUUUUAUUAUUUUAAGAUGAUAUUUUUUCUAUUUAGCCUAUUUCAGGAUCCAUUUGGCCAAAUUCAGAAAUAACUAUUACAGUAACGUUUAGUCCUUAAGGAUAACAUUCAUACCGUACAUUUGCAUAUUGUAAUAUUUCUUGUAAAUAAUAAAGGCUGGAGUUGGAAUUAUAAGGUGAUGGAAUUGGUCCUAAAGCAGAACUUAACUAAAAUGAAAUUAAUUUAGGAGAUCCUUAUGUAAAUGAAGAAGUAAAUUUAAUUAUUAAUAUAGAAAACAAAGGAGAUAUUGAUUGUAAAUUUGAUCUUUUGCCAAAUGAAAGACAUUUUGGUAAAAUGUUUAAAUUUUUUCCAGAAAACGGAUUGUUGAAAGUUAGCGAAAAAAAAGAUAUUAAAAUAACUUUCUGUAGUUCAAAACCUGGAGAAUUUAAAGAGACGUUUAAAUGGAGAUUACAUGGAUCCAAUGAUUUUCUUUAAGUUCUAUUUAUCGGACAUAUUAGAGCUCCUUAAUUUGAAUUUGACAAAGAAUAUAUAGAUUUCGGAAAAGUCUCAUUCAAUUUUCCCUAAGAAUAAAGACUAAAAUUAACUAAUAAAUCUACUGUGCCUUUCGAUUAUGUGUUGAGAAUUCCUGGAGAAAAUGGGCAUGAAAAAGAAUUUACAAUUGAAAAAAGUUAAGGAAACAUAAAAUCUGGAGAAACUAUUGAAAAUGUGAUUGUAUUUAUUCCAAAAUAUACUAAAAGUUAUGAUAUGGUUCUAACAAUCGAUAUUAAAGGAGUUGCUUAAGAUAUGAAAUGUUUAAGUAUUAAAGCAGAAUCAGAGGUGCCUUAGGUAGAAAUAAUUCCUUAAGACAAGUUGGAUUUUGGAGAAAUUUUCCUAAAACAUUCUGAUGUGAAAGAAGUACAACUUAUUAAUAAUUCUUUGUUAAAAGCUAAAUUUGAAGUUUAAGAAUAAAAAAAAGAAAGUAUGAUUAUUGCUAAAUAUGAAGCGUUCCCUCCAUCAGGAAUUAUUUAGCCAGGAAAAGAAACUACUAUUAAAAUCAAACUUACUACUAAUACUUUAGGAGAUAUUUCACUACCUUUAGGAAUUAUUAUUAUUGGAAGUAAUAAUAAUUUACCUUACUUUAUUAAUAUUGCUGCUUCCUCUAUUGGUCCUAAAGUUGAAGCAUAAAAUUCGAUUAAAGAAAUUGAUUUGGAUCAGUAAAUGUUUUAUAAGACUAUAUUUAGAAAAUUACAAUAACUAAUAAAUCUUUAAUUUAAGCUGACUUUAGAGCUUUACAAAGAACAAAAAGAUGGAACAGAUAUAGACAUAGUAUUAAAAGCAAAAGGUAUAGGAAAGACAAUAUUUUGUGAUAUGGAUUUAAGUUUAUUAGAUUUCUAAACCGUUUAUACUUUUAAAAAACACAUAAUAGAAGUAUUUAUAUAAAAUAAAGGAAGAAAAUAACAAAAGCUAACAUGGGUAAGAAGAGCUGAAAAAAAAAAAGCAGUUGAAGAUAAUUUGAAAAAAAGUUCUUUAAUUGAUAAUAAUAAUUAAACAGCAGAAGAAACUGUUUUUAGCAUAGUUCCUGAUAAUGUAGUUCUUCCUGCAAAACAUGGAAUUAUUUUUCAAUUUAGAGGCUACUCUACAAAAUCAGGAUUAAUUCCUGAGUAAUUUGUAUUAAACACUAUUGUUGGAAACGAAAGAAAAUCAUAUGAAGUUUAUUCAACUACUAUAUAAGGAGAUUUUAUUAAGCCAAGUUUAAAAUUUAGCGAAAAGAGAACAUCCUCAUAAAGAUACUAUUGA